UGAAUGCACCGGAGCAUAUGGGUUUGAACGACGUGUUAGGGUGGUUGUAUAAUAUGUUUGGGGUAGAUCCAGUGCACGAUAAAUUUGUCAUAAAUGCCGUGUGGCCAGUGAGGGGUCAACAUGGAUGGCAGUGGAGAGUAGUGGAGGUUGCGUCAACUGGGAGUUGGAGGAAGUUUGUUAGUAAAGUAAGGGAGAAAGGCUAUAGCCUGGCAAUAGUGGUGCAGAAGACAAAAUGUGUUGAUCGAUCGGGGGAGUCAAGUCAUGCCGUGGUGGAAGAAACUCCGUUGGAAGGUGGACAAGCUGAAAAUGUUUGGCGGACUGAGCAAGGUCGAGGGGAAGAAGUAGUAGAGGGUAAUACACAAGGAGAGGUCAUUGUUCGUGGUACUAAUCGUGAGGCCAACGACUCGGACGAUGAAGAACCGGAUUCGCCUAUGCGUGUUGAUGCAGCGGAGGAGAAUGAGGCGGUAGUGGAUCAGAUGGAAGUGGAAAACGAGGAAUACAUUGCGCUUGUAGUGGAAGGAGAAGAUACAACACUGUGGGACAACGAAACUUACAUACCCGAUAAUUGGACGACCAUAUCAAUGAGUCGUAUGAAGGUAAACGAUGGUUUAGAUGCCCACUGGUGUUAUGAUAGUACGCAGGUGAAAGUUGGACAGAUGUUUCAUGACAAAGGUCACUUACAAGAUGCGGUGAAGAGGUGGGCAUUUGUCCAGAAGCGUGAGUUCAGGGUGAAGGUUUCAAAUAGGACGACGUAUGACGUGAAGUGCAUACAGGGUGGAUGUCCUUGGAGAGUGCAUGGUUACAAGCCACAACAUGACACUUUAUGGGUAGCUUCGAGGGUUGAGCAACAUACGUGUUUGUUGGAGAAUACCCGUCUGGUGCACAGAAACCUGACAGCGGCAUUUGUGGCACAAAUGGUAUAUUCAAAGGUGGUUAGAAAAACAUCUUUGUCCCCUUUCACCAUAAUGCAUGACGUUGAGAAAGAGUACGGAUAUGAGAUAUCGUACGACAAGGCUUGGAGGGCAAAACAGAAAGCAUUGGAGAUGAGGUUUGGAACUUAUGAGGAUUCUUAUCACAAUCUUCCCCCACUAUUGGAGGUGAUGCAGGCAAGAAACCCGGGCACACACAUUGCUAUUCUCGAUGAGGUGAAUGAAUAUGGGGAGAAUGUUCUUCGUCGGGCUUUCUGGUCAUUUGGGUGCAUGAUAGAGGCCUUUAAAAAUUGCAUUCCUUUGCUCUGUGUUGAUGGCACUUUCAUGACAGGCAAGUACAGAGGAACAAUUCUAACCGCGAUCGGAGUCGACGCGGAUAGCCAUGUCGUUCCUGUUGCUUUUGCAUUUGUUGAAAGCGAGAACACAUCAAGCUGGCUAUGGUUUUUGCGGCACAUUAAAAUGUGUGUUGUUGAAAACAGACCAAAUGUGUGUGUUCUGCAUGACCGACACGCCGGUUUGCUAUCAGCGAUACAGAAGCUUCAAGAAGAUGUCACACAGUCCGUGCCAUGGCCAGAUUUACAUAGCAGAUGGUGCAUGCGACAUUUUGGGGCUAAUUUUUAUAGACAAUUCAAGAGUAAGAGAUUGAUGGACCUGUUCAAGAAGUUAUGCAAGCAGAAUCAACAAAGAAAGUUUGAUGCCAUAUGGGAGCAACUGGAUCGUUUGACCACUACACACAUGGAAGAGGCGGAAUUUGUUGAGCACGUUCACGUGGAGUCCGACACCCUGCUGCAAAGACUAGAGGCGAGACCUCCAGUCGUCAGGUCUGACGACGUGGCGAGUGUCCUUCGCAACUUCCGUUCACGUGCUGCCGCACUACUACGUCGUGUCUCCUGUCGGAGCGCGGCAGAUGUGGUGCAGACGUCGGGCCGACGGCCAUCACCACCACUACACCGACGUUCCAGCGUGGAUCGGAGUGGUCCAUCCUCUUCACGUCGCGGGUACGAAGCGGCCCACACAUCUCACGGUCGUCCUUCCUUUCAGCACACCCCAGCACCGGAGUACACCAGGGGGUCAACCGGAUCAGGGGUACCCACGUCGAGCACGGCACCACCACGUCCGCAGGUAUUCCAAACUCCGCCUUAUGUUCACCCCUCGCAGGGAGCAUCUGGGUCGACACACUUCCCUUACAUGCCAACGGGGGACAACGUGUUGAACACACCAGCAUGGGGACUUCAUAUCACUCCGCGUGCGCCAGAGCAGGGCCACACACAGCACACAUACGAUGAGUACGGUUCGGCGUCGACGCAUCACGGAGUGCCUGCUUACUCCCCUCGCACAGCAUUCAUUGAGGACUUCUUUUCCACUGAUCCUCCCCAGGGGGAAGUAGGGAUGGAUUACUGGCACGCAGCACCUCAGGUCACACAGCCGACGCAGGAUACGGAGGCCGGUCAGGGGCCAGACGUGACACCACAGCAGGCAGCUAGAGAUAGGCACCCCCCUGAUAAUUUGACAUAUCCCACUGAGCAGAUUAGGCGUAGGAAGAAGGGAGGACCUAGCAAGCGUGCGAAGGGCACUGAUCGUCCUUGACUUAUCUAUUUGUAUUAAACUUUUAGUCAUUUAUGUUCUGUCCGUACUAUUUGAGAAACACUUUACGAUUAACUUAGUACUAUCAGUACUAUUUCAUAAA